CAGCUUCCUCCUCCUCCCUCUCUAAGCUGAAUCUUGAUUCUUGAAUCUGCUUCUGCAGUUGAUUCUCUUCCUUUAUUCCAAAGUCUCGUUAUUUUUUCAAGAGAUUAGUAUAAGCAAAUGGCUUCAUACUACGCUGGGUUUUCAAGUUAUGAAGAGCCACACUUUUUGGAAUCUUGCUCUCUUUGCCGUAAACACCUUCCUCGUAACUCAGACAUCUUCAUGUACAGAGGAGACAAGGCGUUUUGUAGCAAUGAGUGUAGAGAAGAACAGAUCGAGUCUGAUGAAGCCAAGGAGAAAAGCUGGAAACUUUCUUCAAGAUCUCUCCGUAAAAAAUCUUCCGAAGCAUCAAAAGAUUGCAAAACCGUUCGGACAGGAACCCUCGUGGUGGCUUAGUUAAAAAAGAAAAAAGAAAAAAACUUUUAUUACAUAAAAGCAAAUAGCUUUUUCUAUAUAUAUCCUUCGAAAGCCCUUCUUAAGAAACAACCUGAGUAGAUUUGCUCUGUGUCUCUCUAUGUAUCUGGAUCGGAGAUGAUUAGGGUUCUGGGAAAGCUGUAAAGAUCUGGUUCUGCCUAAAUGAACCAAGAGCUUGGGGAGUAGGAGAAGUGUGGUCUAGGGUUUAAUUGGCGGGGUUUAAAUUUUGUUUCAUGUUACAACAAGAAACAGAGCAUACUAUGUUCUAAUAAAUUCAAUUUCUUUUUUUUAUCUAA